CAUGAACAACCUCAGCGUGCGCAUGCGUGAACGAUUUUUUCGAAAAAAAAUUUUUAGUUUUGAGAUGUUUGAUUGUUGACAUUUGACUUUUUAACCGGCAGGCGGCAGCCAUGUUAACAACUAGCUGUGUUCCUUCGGUUUCAGUAGUGAAGAUGGCUGAUAAUGAUAUAGAUUUAUAUGCGGAUGAUAUUGAUCAAGAUUUUGCACAGGAUGAUUUCGGUGGAGAGAAUGUAGAUUUAUACGACGAUGUUAUAGCGGCUCCCGCCGGCACAAACAAUGUUGAUAAUGGUGAUUCCAAUCAACCACCCACGGGUGGGAAUGAUGAUGGAGGCGGUAGCUUCACCUCUGCUACACCUAUAUCCAAUAAUACCAGUUCAUCUGGAAGGAGACAUCAGUUGUAUGUAGGAAAUUUAACAUGGUGGACCACAGAUCAGGAUAUGGCGAACGCGGUCCGAGACAUCGGAGUCAACGACUUCCACGAGGUCAAGUUCUUCGAACAUCGAGCUAACGGCCAAUCGAAAGGCUUCUGCGUCAUAUCCCUGGGCUCCGAGGCGAGCAUGCGCCUCUGCCUCGAAUUGCUCGGGAAGAAGGAGAUCCACGGACAAAAUCCCCUCGUCACCCCUCCCACCAAACAGGCGCUCAGCAACUUCGAAAGUCAGUCUAAAACGCGCCCCAAUCCCACCAACAAUCCCAAUUCUCGCCCUCCCCACCCCAGCCAUCCCAACCAUCCUAACAACAACGUUCACUCAGGUCCGAUGCAGAACUUCGGGGGCAGGAUGCCGAUGAACGCGCAGAUGCGGCCGAUGCCGCCCGGCAUGCAGGGCGGCCACCGUAUGCAGGGCCCGCCCGGAGGGUUCAGCGGGCCGCCCACCAUGAACCAGCAGCCGCCGCGCUUCCAGGGCAACCCGGGCUGGAACGGGCCGCGGCCGAACGGGCCCGGGCCCAACAUGGGCAUGCGGCCGAUGGGGCCGCCGCCCGGGCCGCAGGGUCCGCCUAGACCGCCGAUGCAGUUCCAAGGACCGCCGCAAGGCCCACCCAGAGGCAUGCAGCCUCAAGGCCCGCCUCCGAUGCGACCCGACUGGAACAGGCCGCCGAUGCAGCAAGGGUAUCCGCAAGGGCCGCCGCACAUGCAGGGCCCCAACAUGGGGCCCAGAGGCCCGCCGCCGAUGGGCCCACCGGGAGCACCGCCGCAGGGACCACCUCAAGGACCAGCUCCACAUGUCAACCCGGCAUUCUUCCAGCAAGGCGGAGGUCCUCCUCCGCCGAUACAACACAUGCCUGGACCGGGGCCUGUAAUGCCACCGCAAGGACCGCCUCAGGGCGUACCGCACGGGCCGCCCCACGGGCCCCCUCACGGCCCCCCGAUGGGCCCCCCUUCGGUGCAGCCGCACGGUCCGCCGCACGGCUACGGCCCGCCGGCACCAAUGCAACCGCCCCCGUAUGGGGGCCCGCCGCCGGACCAUCGUCAAGACAUGCCGUCGUUGAGCGAACAGGAAUUCGAGGACAUCAUGUCGAGAAACAGGACCGUCUCGUCUUCGGCCAUCGGCAGAGCGGUGUCGGAUGCGGCGGCCGGAGAGUACGCCAGCGCCAUCGAGACGCUAGUCACCGCCAUUUCGCUGAUCAAGCAGAGCAAGGUGGCCAACGACGACAGAUGCAAGAUCCUCAUCAGCUCGCUGCAGGACACGCUGCGCGGAGUCGAGGACAAGAGCUACAGCUCGGCCAGGAGGGAUCGCUCGAGGUCCAGAGACAGGUCUCAUCGCAGGACCAGGCGCGAGCGGUCUUCGUCGCGCUACAGGGACAGGAGCAGGGACAGGGAACGCGAGAGAGACAGGGAUAGGGAGCGCGACCGGUAUUACGCGGACAGGUAUGCCGACAGGGACAGAGAGAGGGAGAGAUCGAGGAGCAGGGAUAGACAGGAGAGGGACCGAGAGCGGGAGCGAGAGAGGGGCGAUUACAGGGACAGAGAGCCGGAAGAUACAUCGCGAGUGUCGAGAUCGAGGAACAAGACUCCGACGGAGCCUGUGGACGCCGGCGGCGACGUGCCGACGAAAUCGUCUCGCUACUACGACGACAGGUACCGCGACAGGGAGCGCGAGUCGACCAGGACGAGAGAGAGCGAGCGCGGCGAGCGCAGCGAACGCGGCGAGAGGGAGCGAGACAGACGAGGUGAGGACGGGCACCGAUCCCGGCAUUGAGUCGCGGAUUUCUCUGAAUCUAUCCAAGGAAUAUCUUUAUAUUAAUUGUGUAAUCCGGUACAUAGUUCAUGUACGUAAUUUAAUUAAGUCGUAAUGUAAAAUUGGAAUCUAACGUUUCUAUUUUGUGUGUAGUAUGCAGUUAGGGUUUUCCUAUAUUUUAAUUUUGAUUGUCGAAGAUGAUAGGAAUUUAUGAUUGUUAAGGAGACAAAGUGUAUGUUUUAAAUUCAAAAUGAUUGAAUUAGAUUUAUGAAGGUAACCCGGUGGUUUUUCAAUUUAUU